UUUACUAACAAUAAAAACCAAGAGAGGUCUUGCUUCUCUACUUCUCCCUCUCCUUCAAAUUUUAUUCAUUCACUACUAUCUUCAAGAAGUUUUACCACAACUAUGUCUAUUGAUCAAUUUAGUUUUCCACAAAGAGAUAACUUCUUUGUUAAUCAUGAAGAAAAUCAUAGUAAAGUUCAUGGUACUAACCCUAAUUACACUGCUUAUCUUAUGAAUAACAAUUUAGAUUUAUCGGAUUUCGAAGUUUCCGAUUAUUUAUUACUCGAACAUGGGUUGCAAGAUGAGUCUACGUCGACCCUAACUGGAAGCAAUUCGUUGCCUAGUCCCAUUUUGCCAAGUUUGGUUGAUGAUCCGGUUGUAAGCAAUGGGAUUACACCAACAAGUAGUAACAUGAAAUGCAAAGGUGCGGCUAAGAAAAACAAGGCGGAUGGACGCCAUAGAAUCGCUUUUCGAACAAAAUCAGAGGUCGAAAUCUUGGAUGAUGGAUUCAAAUGGAGGAAGUACGGGAAAAAGGCGGUAAAGGAUAGUCCUAAUCCAAGGAACUACUAUCGUUGUUCAAGUGUAGGAUGCACUGUGAAAAAAAGAGUAGAAAGAGAUGGAGAAGAUUCAAGUUACGUGAUAACAACUUAUGAAAAUGUUCACAACCAUGAAAGUCCUUCUGUUGUUUACUACAAUGAAAUUCCGUUAAUGGUUCCUAAUGGCUGGACUCUUCAUCAACAAUCAUCUAAUGCUUCCUCUUCAUCAUCCUUUCCGUAGUUAAGCCGGCCGUGUUUACUUCCACAGUUCUAUCUCGAUCAUUAAUAUUAUGUUCACUUGAAGAGAUGCUGCAACAUACCUUUUUAUAUACUGUUUUGGACACGAUGACACUCAAUUUGGUCAAGGGCCGGUUUGCAUUACCAAAUUCUCAGUGUCAUUCCCUAGUUUUGGGGUGACUUUCAUGAAGCAUGAUGACACAAUGAGGAGAAUAUCAAGUCGCAAGUCCUACUAAAGUGUGGCGCACAAUGGAUAACCGCCCUCUUUAGCUUUAUAAAUUAUUAGAUUAAAUUUUAUAAUACAUGGAAACUACGUAGUUGUUGUUGUGUACGCUAAUAUCCUAAUAUUUAUAAUUUGGAGGCUGAUUAAAGUUAUUUGUUUGGCGACUAUAUCCUUCCAUACUUCAAUGUUGAAUUCCGAGAAGUUGUAAUAUUGUUGGUGUUUGCUGUUAUCAUGCAUUUGAAAGCAUAACUACUUAAUGAGCAUACACUUGUAAACUACCAAAUUUUAUAUCUAUUCAUAUGCUCUAUGUCAUUAUGUGUAAUUCUGUGAAAAUGUAAAACAUAGCUUUUUGGUGCUAA